CUCGGCCCCGUCGGUCCCCCGCUCCCCUCGGGCGCCGGCCUUGCGGGCCCCGUCCUGACCCGGUCACGAGGGCGGACGGCACAGCCCGGGUUUCUGCCUGCCCUCCCUCCCCGAGCGCCCGCCGCGGCCGCGCCAGGCAGGAGCCGGGCAGAGAUGCCCCUGCUCUCCCGGGCAUCCUUAGGCCCCGCCACCUGCUCGCCGGGGAAGAGGACAAACAGCGGAGCAGCUGGCACACCGGGAGUCCUCCGACCUUGACCCAAGCAUGCAGGCCCCACCCUGCAGCCUCCCCACUGGGCUCAGCCUGGACGACUUCAUCCCUAGCCACCUCCAGGCCCACCUAGGGUCAUCCUCCCGGGGUACACGGGUGCCUGUGAUCCGGAAUGGUGGCUCCAACACCCUUAAUUUCCAGUUCCAUGACCCUGCGCCCAGGACUGUAUGCAAUGGGUACUUCCCACUGAGAGAUGCUUCCCAGCACCCAGACCCUGCUUGGUAUCAGACCUGGCCAGGCCCUGGGAGCCGGCCCUCUGGGAGCCAGAAGACCCCAGCCUCCCAGCAUCCCCAGAACUGGUCAGCCACGUGGACUAAGGACAGCAAACGUCGGGACAAGCGCUGGGUCAAAUACGAGGGAAUCGGGCCCGUGGAUGAGAGCGGCAUGCCUAUCGCCCCCCGAUCUAGUGUUGACAGCCCCAGGGACUGGUACCGGAGAAUGUUCCAGCAGAUUCACCGGAAAAUGCCAGACCUGCAGCAGGACUGGAUCUUUGAGGAACCUGCACCCAAAGACUCAAGGCAUCCAGGACUCCAGCAAAGACCUGUCUCCAGGCCAGGCCAGGCCUCGUCUCUGAGCGGAAGAAGCUGGGACCUCUCUGAAGAGUUUCCUAGAAGCACCUUCAACUGUAAUCCUGGAGCAUCCUCCUCCCAGCUCCAGACCCCAAAUCAGGUGACCCGAUGCCGAGAGAAAGUGGACAAUGUCUGGACGGAAGAUUAUUGGAACCAGUUUCUGCAAGAACUAGAGACUGGGCAGAAGCCCAAGAAACCACUUGUGGAUGACCCUGUUGAGAAGCCCUCCCAGCCCAUCGAGGUCCUGCUGGAGAGAGAGCUGGCCAAGCUGAGCGCGGAGCUGGACAAGGACCUGCGGGCAAUUGAAACCCGGCAGCCAUCCCCUAAGAGCUCCCAGUCGCCUCGACGGUCGCGGGAGCCGCGGCCCCGCGCCGGCACGGCCUCCGCCUGGAGCUCCAGCGCGCCGAAUGCACUUUACCUGGGUCCUUCUCGGCCCCUGAGCCCUCACAGAAUGGCGGAUGGAGGAAGCCCCUUCCUAGGUCAUAGGGACUUUGUCUGCCCUUCCUCCACCCGAGAUCCUAGUGCCUCUGAACGAGGGGGCAGCCCAGCCAGGAAGGAAGAGAAAAAGAGGAAGGCCGCCAGGCUCAAGUUUGACUUCCAGGCACAGUCCCCCAAGGAGCUGACUCUGAAGAAGGGCGACAUUGUCUACAUCCACAAGGAGGUGGACAAGAACUGGCUGGAGGGGGAACACCAUGGCAGGCUGGGCAUCUUCCCUGCUAAUUACGUGGAGGUGCUGCCUGCAGAUGAGAUCCCCAAGCCCAUCAAGCCCCCCACCUACCAGGUGCUGGAGUAUGGAGAAGCUGUGGCCCAGUACAACUUCAAGGGGGAUCUGGAGGUGGAGCUGUCCUUCCGCAAGGGGGAGCGCAUCUGCCUGAUCCGCAAGGUGAAUGAGAACUGGUACGAAGGGCGCAUCUCGGGCACAGGGCGCCAGGGCAUCUUCCCUGUCAGCUACGUGCAGGUGUGCCGCGAGCCCCGGGUCCGGGUCUGCGACGACGGCCCCCAGCUCCCUGCGUCUCCCCGCCUGACCACCGCCCGUCUUGCCCGUCACCCCAGCUCCCCGUUAGCACCGCGCAGCCCAGCUGAUCCCACCGAUUCAGGGGGCCGAACCUCCCCUCGCCGCACUGGCUUCUCCUUCUCUGCCCAGGAGGCCAGACCACAGACCCAGAGUCUCAGCACCCCUGGGUCAGCUCUGUCCCAUCCUGGAGGCUCCAGCCGUCCCCUGGACCUGGGGACCUCCUCCCCCAACACUACUCAGAUACACUGGACCCCGUACCGGGCGAUGUACCAGUACAGGCCCCAGAACGAGGACGAGCUGGAGCUGUGGGAGGGGGAUCGGGUGGAUGUCAUGCAGCAGUGUGACGAUGGCUGGUUUGUGGGUGUGUCCCGGAGGACCCAGAAAUUUGGGACCUUCCCUGGAAAUUAUGUAGCUCCAGUGUGAUGGUCUCCGUGACAACUCAGAGCUCAGCAGUAGCACUUACGAGAGGGAGAGAGAACCCGCUCUCCCACAUGCUCCUCUCCAGGCCCUGAACUGCUGGCAUCUGCAGACAACCCCACCAGCCUUUCCCUUGGAGCCCCCUCGAAGCCUCCUGGACUGGUUCCCACCCACAACUUACAGGCAUUCCUUGAACAGCCUUUUAUUUCCUCCGCUACCCGACUCUCCAAAUACAGAGGUCUGCUUUGAAGUGGAGACUGUUUCCAGGCCUUAUUGAGACCAGAACCCUGAGUCCCCCACCCCCACCCUCCUCUGGCAUUUCCUCCAAUAGGGACGGCUCCCAGCUUCACCCCCAUGGGGUUCCUCUAACAAGGACCAGCUUCCUAACCUCAUAGAGACCAAAGGCCGCCUCUGCCUGGAGGAGAGUCCACUCCUUUCACUCCAGCCUGCCUGCUGCCUCUUUUGCCUUCCGGAUUCCAGCUGGACUGGGAGUAAGGUGGAGGGUGGACACAGCACCUCCUUAGCAUUCAAGGCCUGGCAGGAGGUCUUGCCCAAAGGGCCCCCUUCCCAAAGGCUGCCAAGCACUGGGCCUGGGGUGUGCCUUGUCCUGCUGCUGUAGUGCCCAGCAAGGCCGUGGCCUCAGAGGACUGGCCCGUCCCAGAUGUUUUCCAGGGACCCUGAUGUGUGCUGCCCUUCUGCCUCCCCAGCUCCCCCAAGUCCCCCCUGGAAGAGAAUGUAAAAUGAAUCUGG